UUCGUUUUAUAUCAACUUCUCCUUUUUUUAUAUAACUUAAACCCCUUUCAUGUCAAUAAUACAUUAUUCGGAGCGUCUAGAAGAAAUACACGAAGAGCAGUGUACUUCAGAAGAAGAAGAGGAUACUGACGACGAUGAGAUGACAGAUGCCUCUUCUUCCAUGUCUUCUUCACCCAGUAUCCCUGAUGAGAAUAUCAACUUUGAUCUCGUUUACGCGCUCCAUACCUUUGUUGCGACAGUCGAGGGUCAAGCCUCUGUCGUGAAGGGUGAUGCAUUGAUUCUGAUGGAAGAUACAAACAUUUACUGGUGGUUAGUCGAAGUGCUCAAGACAAAUGAAGUGGGUUAUAUACCAGCAGAGAACAUUGAGACACCUUAUGAGAGACUGGCAAGACUAAAUAAACAUCGAAACGUCGAGAUCACAUCUCCUUCUAUGCAGGACACUGCAUCACAGACUACAAUGCAUCCUUUGACAACAAAUGUACGUCGUGUCAUUAUAAGUGAUGAUUCAAAAGUGUAUCAUUACGAAGUUGAAUCCGAAGAAGAAGAAGACGAAGAGGACGAAGAGGAGAUAGAUCAAGAAGAUCAAACCGAGGAUUAUGCGCGAAAACAGGAAGUAUACCAAGAAAGUGAAUACUGUGAGAUGAAGAUGGAUGACGACGAGAAUGAUCUGAUAGAACCAAUCACACAAGAAAAGAUUGAGAUACCUCAAGAGACACCAGACGAUGGCCCUUUACAGGAACUCCGAGUGUUUGCAGGCAAUAUCGGUCAGGGCCCACUCUUCCACACAUUUUUGAUUUCAUAUCAAACAGCUGCUGAAGAACUGGUACAGCUCGCUAUUGAUAAGUUUGGUAUUCAACUACAAGAACAGGAUCACUCUGCGACGAUCGAGUACUAUGUUGCUGUUCAGGGCUUGGAUGGAGAUGAGUAUAUUCUCUUACCUCAGGAUAAACCAUUGUCGAUUUUCAAAACACUCACCGAUUCACUGACGACGCCCAUGCCCUCAGUCUCUCACAUUCGACGCAUCUCUCAACAAUCUGUCAGUUCAGUUCAGUCCUCAGGCACGACUCAGAGAAGACCACGAUCGAGUAGCUUUAGUAACUAUGAGCAAACAAAUUACGAUGAAGACUCAGUGAUUCGAUUUUAUUUGCACAGGCGCAUCAAAAGGGCCCAUGAAAACUUGGUUUACAUCAAAGUAUCACUUUAUCCAGAUACACGAAAACAAAAGAAGCCACAUGAGAUGGAUCGAAUGGAUAAAGUGAUUGCUGUCAAUCAAGAAUCAUCUGUUGGACAAGUCAUCCAGCUGGCUCUCGAGAAGUUUCAUGUGCCUGAUGCAGAGGGCAAGAGUAUCACCAAGCAACUGGGUAAAUAUAAAUUAUCUGUAAAAAGUCAUCAUGGAAAAGGUAAAGGAAUAAAGUUAUUAUUUAAGGAGACUGCAAAAAAGUGUGAUUGCGUGUGCGUGUGUGUUUCAUUGAUACUUAAGGAGUAUAUUAUUAUAUAGAAAUCGAAUUAGAAUCCAAUGAAAUCGUGUGUAAUAUCCUUGAAAGCUUAUCAAGCAAUACGAUCACAAGCGAACUACUCUUCAUUCUACGGAAAUCAGGCAAGAGACGCAAGUAUCAUUUUAUACAGCAAGAGGCUAGAAGACCGAGUAUCCUAGAUAUCUUGAUGGACUCAACCCCUAAAAGUGAAAGAACACGUUCUGAGGAUAGGAGUAUAUUAAAUACACAACAACAUCAAUCCCAUUCUACUACUUCUUCUACUUCUUUAUUUAAUUUCACUAGACGUGCUUCUGCUCCCUGUACAGACUCUGAUUCUCUUAUGGAG